CGGACAUAAACUGAUAAAAUAAAAUAAAAUAUCAAAUCGAAGGUACGGAAGAUAGAAUCAAACUUCCCCUAUAUUUUUCUACUCGUUCAUUUCUUCUCUCCUUAUCUAAAAAAAAUUCCCCAAAAAAGAAUAUGCAGGCCAAAGCAAUGGCCCGGACCACCGCCGCCACCCCUAUCUCCGCCGCCGAACCCCACCACGCCGCCGCCUUCCCCUCCCUCAGACCUUCCUUCCCAAUCAAACCCGCCUCAAUUUCUCCUCUUCCCACCAAAUCCAGAUCGACAGCGAUCUGCGCCGUCCAACCUCCCAACCCGCCGCCGUCCUCCGCCGCUACCGUGACCCCCUCGCCAAAAAGAUGGAGUCUUGAAAGCUGGAAAUCCAUGAAGGCGUUCCAGAUCCCGGAAUACCCGGAAAAGUCGGUCCUCGAGUCGGUCCUGAAGACGCUUGAAUCCUUCCCUCCUAUAGUAUUCGCCGGCGAGGCUCGCAGCCUCGAGGAGCGUCUGGGACAGGCGGCGCUUGGUAAUGCAUUCCUGCUGCAGGGAGGGGAUUGCGCGGAGAGCUUCAAGGAAUUCAGCGCCAACAACAUUAGGGAUACUUUCAGAGUACUGCUGCAGAUGAGUGUGGUCCUCAUGUUUGGUAGUCAGAUGCCUGUUAUCAAGGUGGGAAGAAUGGCGGGUCAGUUUGCUAAGCCGAGAUCAGACCCGCUUGAAGAAAAGGAUGGGGUGAAGCUUCCGAGUUACCGUGGAGAUAAUGUGAAUGGCGAUGCUUUUGAUGAGAAAUCGAGAACUCCGGAUCCCGAUAGAAUGAUUAGAGCUUACACACAAUCUGUGGCCACAUUAAACCUUCUUAGAGCAUUUGCUACAGGAGGGUAUGCUGCUAUGCAGAGGGUCACACAAUGGAAUCUUGAUUUUACUGAACACAGUGAACAAGGUGACAGGUAUCGUGAACUGGCUCACCGAGUGGACGAGGCCCUUGGCUUCAUGGACGCCUGUGGCCUUACUGCCGACCACCCCAUGAUGACCACCACAGAGUUCUGGACCUCACACGAGUGUUUGCUUUUGCCUUACGAACAAGCCCUGACCAGAGAAGACUCGACUUCGGGCCUCUAUUAUGACUGCUCGGCCCACAUGCUCUGGGUCGGGGAAAGAACAAGGCAGCUCGAUGGUGCUCAUGUCGAGUUCCUUAGAGGAGUUUCUAACCCCUUAGGAAUCAAGGUUAGUGACAAGAUGGACCCGAAUGAGCUAGUUAAGCUCAUUGAUAUUCUGAACCCUGAAAAUAGACCUGGAAGGAUCACAGUCAUCACAAGAAUGGGGGCCGAAAACAUGAGAGUCAAACUUCCUCAUCUGAUUAGGGCUGUCCGAGGAGCGGGCCAAAUCGUGACUUGGGUCAGCGAUCCUAUGCAUGGGAACACCAUCAAAGCUCCCUGUGGACUCAAGACUCGCUCUUUUGACUCAAUCAGGGCUGAGGUGAGAGCAUUCUUUGACGUGCACGAUCAAGAGGGAAGCUUCCCAGGAGGUGUGCAUUUGGAGAUGACUGGUCAGAAUGUGACUGAAUGUGUUGGUGGGUCCCGCACCAUUACUUACAAUGACCUCAGCUCGCGUUACCACACGCACUGUGACCCGAGGCUCAAUGCUUCUCAGUCUCUGGAGCUUGCUUUUAUCAUUUCCGAGCGGCUGAGGAGGCGAAGGAUUGGGUCUCAAGCCACUGGUUCAUCUCUCAGGAUGUGAGCUCUCUAAGGACCUUCUUUAGCACCUUUUUAUUUAGUUUGAACAAGGAUUGUGUUUUGGCUAUUACUAUUAGUAUUACUUUUAUAGUGGUUUGUGUAUGUGACUUAUACGUGUUGUUGUAAAAAUGUGUAUAACAAUAGUAUUGUUUAAUUUUGUAUUCAGUCUAUACUAUAUACUAUAUUAUAAAAAAGAGGAGUUUGUUUUGUAAAAUGUUGGGAGCCUAAUCAUAGUAAUUGUCAAUAUUUAAAGGAAGUUGUCGCCUUUUGUGAAUAGUAAGUGCAAUCUUAUUGGUAAUUGAGCAUGGAAAUAUGUG